AGAACAGAUUUGAGCCAAUAUGGCGGAUCAGCAUGGUUGACUUUAUAUUGGAUAAAAAAUGUUUGGCUUUCCACCUAUCAGCUGAGUGCUGUUGAUGGAGACUAGUGAGUCACAGGCGCGAGUUCCCGCAUAGGGAAGAGCGUGUUUCUCGGCACUAGCCAGCACUGAUAUGAAAUUACUGUAGAGUUUGCAGUUCAGUAGAUCUCUCAGAAGUGAUAGAAUAGAUUAGCUGAAACUGAAGUUCUGUGACCUGCCGCCGAUUGUUCAUGAAGAUGAUCACGACCCCAUUUUGACUGUGUUAGCUUUGGACUGAUUUUAUGGAUGUGGCCUGUCUGACGGGAGUCUGAAGGACAGAGAUGACUUGGACAAAGACCCAGGGGAAUUCACUGAGAUGGGAAUCAGGGAUGGACAACAACCAGGGCCGGAUGAAUGGACUGGAGGUCAAGCUGGGCUCUCUGGUUGUCCUACUCUUCAUGACUAUGUUAUGUGGUUUUGCCCCAUUGUGCAUUGUGAGGAGGAGGUGCAGCACUGACCCAGAAACACGGCACAAACUUCUCAGUUUGGUGAGCUGCUUUGCGGGUGGGGUGUUCCUGGCCACCUGCCUCUUGGACCUGGUGCCAGACUACCUUGUGGAGAUAAAAGAGGCAUUUGAAAGCCUUGAGAUCAAACUGAAAUUCCCACUUCCUGAAUUCAUUAUGGCUAUGGGCUUCUUCCUGGUCCUAGUUCUGGAACAGAUUGUCUUGGCCUUCAAAGACCAAUCAGGAGGAUCAUUUGACGAGAGGCGGGCCCUGUUGGUUGAAUCUAAUAUCCAGUCCCAUGACAAGGAAAGCCAGAGCCAUGCCCACCUGCAUUCCCCCUUCUCCCAGUCCACUGAACAGUUGGGCAGGUCAAGAGGGCCAGGCGGAGAGCAUGUGCACCUUCAUGUGGACUUCAACUCUCAUUCAGCUAUUCGUUCGUUCAUCCUGGUUUUCUCACUGUCACUGCAUUCUGUGUUUGAGGGACUGGCGGUGGGUCUGCAAGAUGACAGUCAGAAAGUACUUGAGAUCUGUUUAGCCCUCCUAUUACACAAAAGCAUCAUUGCUUUUAGCUUGUCACUUAAGCUUACCCAAGGUCGGCUCAAGCGGGCAGCAGUGACUGGGUGUAUUCUACUAUUCUCUUUAAUGUCACCUCUGGGCAUUGGGCUAGGCAUUGUCCUCACAGAAACUGAGUCCACACCUCAGCACCACUUAGCACGUUACACCCUGGAGGGCCUGGCUGCUGGCACCUUCAUCUAUAUCACAUUUAUGGAGAUCUUGCCUCACGAGCUGGGUGCCCCACAGAAUCGCAUCCCCAAGGUGGCACUUCUGCUCACUGGUUUUGCAGUGGUCACUGGUGUCCUCUUCAUAAAGAUCUAGACCACUCAUGCCUGUAUGUUGCCUGUACUUGGCCAAAUUAGGUGUCCAAAAAAUAAUAAAAUGAAAUGCUUAUAUAUAAGUGUGCUAUUAUAUGACCCGGUAAUAUUUAUUUUGAUAAAUUUGUGAGAUAAUCCGACCCAGUCACUAAUUUACAUGUCAUAUUUUUGGAUAGAAAUUGUUUGUCUUUAUUACUCUUGUGCUUUGUGUGAACUUGUCAAUAAUCCAAUUUCCACAGAAGUGUAAAUGCUAAUGUUUCAGUCUUUUAUUGUGAUUAUCUGUCUUAUUUACUUAUUAAAGAUAAAGGCAUAAAAGGACCAGUUCCUAUAUUGCUGAACAAGUA